UCUGGUAACUCCCAUUACUUUCCUGCCGAUGACGUCAGCGCGGAAGAUGGCGGCGGCAAGGAAGACGGGAUCUAUGAACUCCGCGAUGCGAAUAAUGGCAGUUUUACUGUCACUGCAGAUCCUUUCUAUGAACUGCGCAUCUGUAGCGAAAGCUGACGCGACUAAUAAGACGAGCAAUAAACCUGGAAAGGACACUCUCAACAUCAGCACCGAAGCAGCUGACACUCCCACCACUCCAGACCAGACUACUGACAAACCACCAAAGCCCACCACAACACCUGCAGACCAGCCCGAGCCCACCACAACACCUGCAGACCAGCCCAAGCCCACCACAACACACACAGACCAGCCCAAGCCCACCGAAACACACGCAGACCAGCCCAAGCCCACCACAACACACACAGACCAGCCCAAGCCCACCAAAACACACGCAGACCAGCACAAGCCCACCACAACACCUGCAGACCAGCCCAAGCCCACCACAACACCUGCAGACCAGCCCAAGCCCACCGAAACACACGGAGACCAGCCCAAGCCCACCACAACACCUGCAGACCAGCCCAAAGCUGUGUCCACCCCUGCGGCUCACAACACUGAGAGCACCUCCGAUUACACAAGCGACCGCACCACGUGGGCUUUUGUCUUUGGAGACGACGAUGAUGAUGAUGAUGAGCAUUCUAGUGAAAACCUCACUGAGCCACCUCCAAACAUCAAGGAUGAGGAUGAGAGGAAAAACCCUAUCCUCACUGAAGAAUCUAAUGAUCAAAGCAAGGUCCCAAUCCACACCCCACAGGAUGAAGAUUCCCAUUUCUUCUUCCAUCUGGUCAUCAUCGCUCUUCUGGUGGCCAUCGUGUACAUCACCUACCACAACAAGAGGAAGCUGAUGCUGUUGGUUAAGAGUCGCCGCUGGUGGGAAACUUUCUGCUCUCGAGGGGUGAAGUAUCACCGGCUCGACCAGAACGUCAACGAGGCCAUGCCCUCGCUCAAGAUGACCGACAAAACCUGUUAGCCUGCACCAGAACGCCCUCGUCCUCAAAGCCUCUAAACUCGCACGUGUCAGUGUUUAGGAAUAGAUUAAAUCAAACAGGUCAAAUUUAAUCUUGACAAACUAUGUAUCAUUAUAAAGAUCUAAGCCUCAAGCAUCGACGACAGAUCCCUGUUUUUCAAUGGAAAGCUUAUAAAGACUUUAUUUGCUACAUUUGUGUAAGCAGUACACAUAAAAAAAUAAACUAUGAAAACGCUGUAAAUCCCGGUUUAGUUAGGAAGGUGAGGGUCCACUGAACGACAUAUAACGAAGCAAUAACGUUAAUAAUAUGGAUCAUAAUUCCUUUGUUUACAUUUCAGUUCUUCAGCGACAGUAUUGUUUGCGUCCGUUACGGAAUAACUUACGGUCGUAAAACUGCGUCUUGGUAGUAAAAACACGGCAUGGUUUUGCAGUUUACAGAGUCACAAACAGAACGAGGAGAUGGUUUAUUUGAAUUUGGCGUUUCUCCUGGGAGCUGGUGACACGCUCUGCUGCACCUGUCAGCUGAUGGAGGCGGAACUUACAGCGAUCGUCUUUUUCCUUUCUUUCUUUUAUUUUUCAAAAGUUUUUAUAUAUGUGAGACUGUGUUUUAUGUUGAAUGUGAAUGUAUCUGCAUGAUUACCAUCUGUUUUAUUGCAAAUGAGCCCAAAUCAGCUCGCUAUCACUGUAUGAUGACGGCUAUCAAAGUGAACGCGUCUAAAUGAAUAGAGAGAGUGGAUUAUUUACUUUAUGGCACAUUUGGGUUAUUACCAUCUGUAUAAGUGGCCAUCAGCACAUCAGCACUUAUUUGCAUCGGAAUUCAUUGUGAAAUAUGCAUUUCUAACAAUCUCAGGAUGUUCUAUAUUUUCAAACAUUUUAUUUUUCUUAUUAUUCUUAUUUUUCUUACUCAAAUUAUUCUUACUGUAUUUUUCUAGUGCUCAAAUAAAUCAUUUAUAUGAUG